GUGAAGUUCUCAGAUCGACACAGAGCCCACAGGCAACAAAGACACUACUACAACCCCAACUAACAGAACCCAACCUCAGGGGAAUAGAGAGAGGAGAAACAAGUGAGGCAGCAAUGGCCCCUGCUACCUUGACGGCUCUAGUGGAGGAGAAGACGCUUCAGGCAAGCUUCGUGAGGGACGAAGAUGAGCGUCCUAAGGUGGCAUACAAUCAUUUCAGCAACGAAAUUCCAAUCAUAUCACUUGCAGGGAUCGACGAGACAGAGGGGAGGAGGGCUGAGAUCUGUAAGAAGAUCGUUGAGGCAUGUGAGGAUUGGGGGAUCUUCCAGGUCGUCGACCAUGGGGUCGAUACCAAACUCAUAUCCGAGAUGACCGGCCUCGCUCGUGAAUUCUUUGCCCUCCCUCCUGAAGAGAAGCUCCGUUUUGACAUGACCGGUGGCAAGAAGGGUGGCUUCAUCGUCUCCAGUCACCUCCAGGGUGAGGCAGUCCAGGACUGGCGUGAGAUCGUAACCUACUUCUCAUACCCAAUUCGGACUCGGGAUUACUCGAGGUGGCCCGACAAGCCAGAGGGAUGGAGGGCAGUGACUCAAUCAUACAGCGAGAACCUCAUGGGGUUGGCCUGCAAACUGCUGGAAGUUCUCUCUGAGGCGAUGGGACUCGAGAAGGAAGCCCUCACCAAGGCUUGCGUCGACAUGGACCAGAAGGUUGUGGUAAACUUCUACCCCAAGUGCCCGCAGCCAGACCUCACGCUCGGCCUCAAGCGUCACACCGAUCCAGGCACUAUAACCCUCCUCCUCCAGGACCAGGUCGGAGGCCUCCAGGCCACCAGGGAUGGCGGCAAGACCUGGAUCACCGUCCAGCCCGUUGAGGGUGCUUUCGUCGUCAACCUUGGCGACCAUGGUCAUUAUUUGAGCAAUGGGAGGUUCAAGAACGCUGAUCACCAGGCGGUGGUGAACUCCAACUACAGCAGGCUUUCGAUCGCAACUUUCCAGAACCCAGCUCCAGAGGCGAUUGUGUACCCACUCAAGGUCAGGGAAGGGGAGAAGCCGGUGCUGGAGGAGCCCAUCACUUUUGCAGAGAUGUACAAGAGGAAGAUGAGUAAGGAUCUGGAGCUUGCCAGGCUCAAGAAACUCGCCAAGGAGCAGCAAUUGCAAGACCUUGAGAAAGCCAAGCUGGAGGCCAAACCCAAUGGCGUCGACGAGAUCUUUGCCUAGAUUUUCACUACUAUUUUCGUGUAAUGGUCUACAUGGUUUUCUUUUUCUCGCUUUUAUAUGUUAAGCUACCAUUGCUUCCUUCCUCUCUGGGAGAUGGAAAAAGAGAAGGAAAUAAGUUGGGGGAGAGGAGGCCUGAGAGUUCAGUGGUUCUGUUCUGUAGUUGAGUUCUUUAUUUUUAAAAUUGGGAUUUUAAUUGGGUGAUCGUUUCAUCAAUGUAAUGAAUAGAGGCUAAAUAUCACUUGGAUUUCUUUGUCA